AUGCUGAAUCGAAACUACCAUCGAGCCCUCCGCAGCAGCAGGCCCCUCGCCUCAUCGAUGUCGAUAUCGAUCCUUCUUCGCCAGCCAGCCCUUCCGCGCCGGUCAUUCCAUCCAGAACCACGCUCCUUCCAGAACAGUGCUCACGGCACGCACCGCUUCGUGUACAGAUGGAUCAUCCAAGCCAUCGGCACGCCCUUUGCCGUCGCUUACCUGUGCGAUCAAGUGUCGGAGCGAAAGGACGACGGCGGCGGCGGGGAGAAUAGCUUCAAGCUGGCCCUGCCGGGAAUCGAUACGGGGAUUCUGACCGAGCCCAUGCGGGUGAAGAGUUGGACUUGGGGGCAGGUGCGCGUGUCUUGA